GGUAUAUCUCCCCGCCAUUCUCUUCCUUUCCCGCCAUUAACAAAGCUGUAUAUAUGAUUAUAUGUAAGUAUUCGAUACAUAUACACUCAAAUCGAAGACUCCAAAAGCUCUUUUAUUCUUCUACCGAGAACAUACCUCUACGACUUCUCCAUGGAAAAUUUUGAAGAACAGAACAAGCUCCCUGAGCUCAAGCUAGAUGCUAAGCAAGCCCAGGGGUUUCUAUCAUUCUUCAAAACCCUACCCCAGGACCCAAGGGCUGUUCGACUCUUUGAUCGCCGUGACUAUUAUACUGCUCAUGGUGAAGGCGCAACAUUCAUAGCAAAAACAUACUACCAUACUACUACUGCUUUGCGACAGUUAGGUAGUGGAUCUGAUGGUCUUUCGAGUGUAAGUGUUAGCAAGAACAUGUUUGAAACUAUUGCUCGUAAUAUUCUUUUAGAUAGAACAGAUCAUACUCUUGAGCUCUAUGAGGGUAGUGGCUCCAAUUGGCGACUUGUGAAAAGUGGAACUCCUGGAAAUAUAGGCAGUUUUGAAGAUGUGCUAUUUGCCAACAAUGAAAUGCAGGAUACCCCUGUUGUUGUGGCAUUAUAUCCGAGUUUCCGAGAAAAUGGGUGCACUAUUGGUUUCGGUUAUGUUGACUUAACUAAGAGAGUGCUUGGUUUAGCCGAAUUUAUUGAUGGUAGCCACUUUACAAAUGUGGAGUCAUCACUUGUUGCUCUUGGAUGCAAGGAAUGUCUUUUGCCGAUGGAGAGCGGAAAGUCUAAUGAAUAUAGAACAUUGCAUGAUGUUUUCACCAGAUGUGGUGUGAUGUUGACUGAAAGAAAAAGGACCGAGUUCAAAACAAGAGAUUUAGUGCAGGAUCUUGGUAGGCUUUGCAAAGGUUCUAUUGAGCCAAUUCGUGAUUUAGUUUCUGGAUUUGAGUUUGCAGCUGGUGCUUUAAGUGCAUUACUGUCCUAUGCAGAAUUACUUGCAGAUGAGAGCAAUUAUGGGAAUUAUACUGUACUUAGGUACAAUCUUGACAGAUAUAUGAGGUUAGACUCUGCUGCUAUGAGGGCACUGAAUGUCCUUGAGAGCAAAGCUGAUGCAAACAAGAAUUUCAGUUUAUUUGGUCUCAUGAAUAGAACCUGUACUGCUGGGAUGGGAAAACGGUUGUUGCAUAUGUGGCUAAAACAGCCUUUAUUGGAUGUGAAUGAAAUCAACUCUAGGCUGGAUUUGGUACAAGCAUUUGUGGAGGAUACUGAGCUUCGCCAAGAUGUGAGGCAACAUUUCAGAAGAAUCUCAGAUAUCGAGCGUCUGGUACACAAUCUUGAGAAGAAAAGAGGUGGUUUACACCAUAUUGUGAAGCUCUAUCAGUCAAGCAUAAGACUACCAUACAUUAAGAGUGCCCUGGAAAAGUAUGAAGGACAGUUUUCAUCAUUGAUCAGAGAAAGGUAUUUGGAUCCACUUGAAGAAUUGACUGAUGAUGAUCACUUAAAUAGGUUUAUUGCUCUUGUAGAAGCUUCUGUUGACCUUGAUCAACUUGAAACUGGGGAAUACAUGAUUUCAUCAAGCUAUGACCCCGCACUAGCUACACUUAAAGAGAAGCAAGAGUCACUGGAAUGCCAAAUACACAAUUUGCACAAACAAACUGCAAAUGAUCUUGAUCUGCCAAUGGAUAAAUCACUGAAGUUAGACAAGGGCACACAAUUUGGACAUGUCUUCAGAAUUACCAAGAAGGAAGAACCUAAAAUAAGGAAGAAGCUUACCACCCACUUCAUUGUCCUUGAAACUCGAAAAGAUGGAGUGAAGUUUACCAACACAAAACUUAAAAAAUUAGGAGACCAGUACCAGAAGAUACUUGAGGAGUACAAGACCUGUCAGAAAGAGCUGGUCAAUAGAGUUGUUCAAACUGCAUUAACUUUUUCUCAGGUCUUUGACUCUUUAGCUGGGUUAAUCUCUGAGUUGGAUGUCUUGCUUAGUUUUGCUGAUUUGGCUUCUUGUUGUCCUACGCCGUAUACAAGACCAGACAUCACUGCAUCGGAUGUGGGGGAUAUUAUAUUAGAAGGGAGUAGACAUCCUUGUGUAGAAGCACAAGACUGGGUGAAUUUUAUACCUAAUGACUGCAAACUUGUCCGAGGAAAAAGUUGGUUCCAAAUAAUUACGGGGCCUAAUAUGGGUGGAAAAUCUACAUUUAUUCGGCAGGUUGGUGUGAACAUUCUUAUGGCACAAGUCGGUUCCUUUGUUCCUUGUGACAGAGCUAGCAUUUCUGUUCGUGAUUGCAUUUUUGCUCGUGUGGGUGCUGGUGACUGUCAACUACAUGGAGUUUCUACCUUUAUGCAAGAAAUGCUUGAAACUGCAUCAAUAUUGAAAGGAGCUACUGAUAAAUCAUUGAUAAUUAUUGAUGAACUGGGACGUGGGACGUCGACUUAUGAUGGGUUUGGUUUAGCUUGGGCAAUUUGUGAACAUAUUGUUGAAGUUAUCAAAGCACCUACUUUAUUUGCCACCCACUUUCAUGAAUUGACAGCAUUAGCACCUGAAAAUUCUGUUCAUGAGCUCGAUAUGAAGCAAAUUAUAGGUGUUGCAAACUAUCAUGUUAGCGCACACAUUGAUACAUCGAAUCGAAAGCUGACUAUGCUUUACAAGGUUGAGCCAGGGGCUUGUGAUCAAAGUUUUGGUAUUCAUGUUGCAGAAUUCGCCAACUUUCCUGAAUCUGUUGUUGCCCUUGCCCGCGAGAAGGCUGCUGAAUUGGAAGAUUUCUCAGCUACUGCAGUUGUCUCCAAUGAUGAUAAAGAAGAGGUCGGAACAAAACGAAAGAGAGAAUGCAAUGAUGAUGAUAUGUCUAGAGGUGCUGCACAGGCUCACAAGUUCUUGAAAGAAUUCUCUGAUAUGCCAUUGGAGACGAUGGAUUUGAAGCAGGCUCUGGAACAAAUAAGCAAGUUGAAGGAUGAGUUAAAGAAGGAUGCAGGAAACUGUAGCUGGCUUCAGCAAUUCUUCUAAAGGCCUUUCAAUGGAGAAACUAGAUGCUAACUGGCAGGUUCUCUUUUAAGUUUCCAGUGCAAGUUUACGCUCCUCUUCCCCUCCAUUUUUGUCAAUACAGAGAGGGAUUAAAUUUUGUACUAAGUUUCUUGGACUAAAAUGAGACAACCAAGUUUCCAAGUUGUAUAUUUCUCCUGGCAAAUCAAAAAAUUUUGCUUAAAUUAUUU